AUGUUCAACUUCAGGCCCCAAGCUGCAUUGAUCAAGGAAGGGAAAAAUCGCAUCCUGUGGAACUUCUCGGAUCAGUACGAUGCUGUUGCAUUGGCGUGCAUCGGAAAGAAAGAUCGGGAAGUUGACGAAAUCGAGCAGAGACAUGCACAGAAAGAAGCAGUCCGAAUCGCCGCUGCGGGUGGAUGUCGAGCUUUGUGGGAAGGAGGCAGCAAGUCUUUCAAAACUCUCGAAGUGGACGUUAUGGAAGAUCCAGAAGCCGCUGCAGAAGCAGUUCAUCUUGCCUUAUGGUCCUUCGAUACUCUCAAGCAGUCGAAAGUACCAAUGCCGGAGAUUUCUCCCCUGUCAAGGUUUGUCGGCGUUCUACGUAAAAGUUUUCAGCGGAUGAAAAGUCUUUCCUUCUUCGUAUACAGCGAAGAUGCGGGUUCAUGGAAUCGGGGAAAAAUUACAGCGGAGUGCCAAAAUUUCGCAAGAUAUCUUUCUGAAAUGCCUGCCAAUCUCAUGACGCCGACGGUUGUUGCAAAGGAAGCAAAAGCAGUAUUAGAACCCUUAGGGGUGACAGUGAAUGCUCAUGACCAUGCCUGGGCGAAAGCUGAGAAGAUGGGGAGUUUUCUAAGCGUUGCAACCGGUAGUUCCCAGCCUCCGGUUUUCCUCGAAAUGAUUUAUCAGAAAGGAAAUGCGAAGGAUGCCCCCAUUGUCUUGGUUGGAAAGGGUAUCACUUUCGAUUCUGGCGGAAUAUCCCUUAAAACUCCAAGCAGUUCGAUGAUGUGGAUGCGAGGAGACAUGGGUGGCGGUGCGGCAGUUAUAGGAGCUAUGCGAGCAAUUGCAGCGCUGAAGUUGAACGUGAACGUUGUGGCCCUUGUUCCUCUAGCGGAAAAUAUGAUUGGAGGCAGUGCGACGAAAGUUAUGGAUGUUGUGGUUGCCAAAAACGGAAAGAGUAUCGAAGUUGGAAACACGGAUGCUGAGGGUAGGCUUGUGUUGGCCGAUGCCUUGACUUACGCGGGAAAGUUCUCUCCCAAAGUUAUCGUUGACGUGGCUACUCUAACGGGUGCGAUUCGAACAGCGUUGGGGCCCGCUGCAUCUGGGGUAUUUACGGCCCACACCAAGGAAUGGAAGGCCAUGAAACGGGCAAGCAUUGAAACGGGUGAUCGAGUUUGGCGUAUGCCGUUGUGGGAUUAUCAUCGUUCUGCUGUCGUCGACGGACACCUCGCUGAUGUCAGUAAUGUGGGCAAUCAUGAAGGGAAUGGCGGGGCGUGUAUCGCCGCCGCUUUCCUGAAGGAAUUCGUGCCAAAAGGGGUUCCUUGGAUGCAUAUGGAUAUUGCUGCUGCUUCUCGUGCUUCCACACCCUCAGAUCCCCCUUAUUAUGUUAAGGGAUUCACUGGCCGUCCAGUUCGUACUCUCUUGCGUUUUGUGAUGGAUCAUGAUUAGAACAAGUUAAGAAAAAAAAUUGUUUCCACGGCGUGAAUUCCAACUGUUCAUUCGAUUAUUGACGGGAUGAAGAAAGAUUGCCUCGGGUAGUGUAGGGAAAGCCUCAUUGUGAAAAAGCGUCUAUGUUUUCAAGUAAUGCAUAAAGCCUGAUUUUUGUAACAUGCCGUGAUCUUCGCGAAGAUGGAAUUUGUUGGAUCAAGAAAUUUCUGAUGUCAGCUGACUUGAAUAUUCGGAUUCAUCUAAAAUAUAGGAAAGCGAUCGAACUUCACCAUAGAAAAUCAUGAUACUGUAACUUGAUAUUGUGUUGGACCUUGACGUCAUUCAUGCAACUCUGGAAAAUUUUCUUCCAUGUGCCAGGUGCCCAAAAAAAAAAGGAAAAAAUCGCAGUGUUCAAAUAAUUUAAUUUCAUGGUUUGUUGAAUGUUAUGAGCUUCUUCAGGCUUUUAAAGAAUCCGGAUUCAAGUGAU